AUGUCGGACUCUACUAUCGUGCUAAUCACUGGCGCCAACUCCGGGGUCGGCUAUGCCACCACCGAGGCCAUUGUCUCGCAACCAGGCUUUCAUGUCAUUUUGGCCUGCAGGGACCCAGCAAAGGGCAAUCAAGCACGCGCCGAGCUCCUGCAAAAGCACCCAAAAGGAAGCCUUUCAGUCCUUCAGCUGGACGUCGAAGACGACAACUCCAUUGCACAGGCCGUGACAUCGGUCACCAACGAGUUCGGUCGAGUCGACGCCUUUAUCAGUAACGCUGGCACCACAGCAGUCGGGACAUCCGGCCGGGAAAAGCUACAGAGGACCUUCUCGGCCAACGUCUUUGGCGCGAUGAUGGUCACGGAGGCUUUCAUUCCACUACUGCUCCAGUCAAAACAGCCACGUCUCGUCCAGAUAUCCAGUGGACUGGGCUCACUUGGACUCGCCUCGGAUUUGUCCUCUCCGUAUGCCGCUUCGCCUUGGGAUGAGUAUCGGAUGAGCAAGGCUGCACUGAAUAUGAUGACCAUUCAGAUGCAUAAGCGACUGAUGGGGAAGAAUGUUCGUGUCUUUGCUUUUUGUCCUGGUCUUGUGAGAUCGAGGCUGCGGGGAGAGUCGGAAGAAGAAGUUAGUGCGCAGGGAAGGGCGGGUGAUCCUAUGGUUCCUGGGAGGGCGCUCUUGGAUAUCGUUGCUGGACGGAGAGAUGAAGAAGCUGGUCAGUUUCUGUCGGCCGCCAGUGGUGUUUUUCCGUGGUAG